AUGGGGUCAGGCGACGGCUCGAGUUCAUUUUACAGUGAUGAUAGCCCGCUGGAAUGGAGCUACCAUGACCCCGAAUAUGCUAUCAUUCCCUGGAAUGCGCAUGGGAAAGAGGUUCUUACCGUGAAGCUAGCUCUUUGGUCCUUGAUUAUGAUGGCUACGAGUGGCGGCAGAGGUAUUGAUUACUCAUAUCCCCCGUUGGAUAGCUGGCGAUACAAUGGUGAGCGAUAUGUUCAUAACACUUCAGGUACCACCAAGUCGGAGCUGUCUGAGGGUGAUCAUCUGUUGCUGGAGCCUAAUGACAUGAGCUGGGAGGGGGACGCGCAUUACACACAAAGCCAGGAUGUUGACGAUAUGCUUCCUUCGACCCGCGCUGGCGGCACAUUCAGUGUUGGCCCUUCUCAAGCAUACCAGCCAAUUGAGGUAGAGGCCUCUGUUGGAGGAUCCUCCCGACAGGCCGAUCAGGGUCCGGACGAUGACGACCAAAAGACUGAGGUCGGGUCUUCUCAUAGGCACCAUAAGCGCAAGAAGGUCCGGAUCGAGAAGCAUUUGGUUACCAGAAAGCUCUACUAUCUAAAUGCCAAUGGAGACAAGGUCGAUACAAGUAGGGCUCAGUGGAUCAAGGUGGACGGCGGGUAA